GCCUUGGAGACGCGUCGUAAUGCAGUGAGUGGACCGACAGAGGGUCAGAAUCCAGCCCGUGGAAGUGUGCGCGGAGGGGAAGUAUAGCUGGGGGUUUGUCGUGGGUGUGAGGGACUGAGAGAUUGCUCUUUACAAAAACCACCUCGCCGCAAACUUGAAGAGAAUGAGUGCACUACCAGCUAUGCCAAGGCAAAGUCUCCAGCGCUUUCCUAGCCUUGUACACCAAAGGUCUGUCCCUGCUCAACCACAAGAGCUACCGCAAAAGACUCACUACAGGAUUCAUUUGAUCAGGGACAGAAGUGUCAGAGAUCAUAAUCAGCAGAAGAAUAUCAAAGAGCUAUCCAAAGAGGAAACUGCAAUAUAUAGGAAUUCACUUAAGAAAAAUAUCUGCAUAGAGAUGCUGCGGAAGGGCUAUCACAAGUCUUUCUCAGAAGUUUUUACUGUGAUCCAGAGGUGGAACGCCUUGAGGGAUGCUGCGGGGCCAGGGUCAGCCAUAUGGCAUCAGAAGCCCUUGGAAGAGCAGCAAGAAAUACUGGAUCAACUUCAACAUUUCCUGACACGGGCUGAGGCAGCCCAAAGAGCAGGCUACUAUGAAGAUGUGUACAAAAAUCAGUUGGCAUUGGCUCAGUACUUCCAAGAACUCGAUGAUCGGUGGCUUUCAUAUCACUUCUUUGAAUGUUGCUUUCAGACAGCUACAAAAAUUAAAAGUGACGGAGGAAGAAAAGAAGCUGAAGCACACGAAAAUCUUGGAUUGGCUGAAGAGGAACACGGUCAGCUGGAAAAAUCUGCUGAGCAUUAUGAGGCGUUUUAUCAUCUGACAGUAGGCCGGAUAUGGAAAGAUGAGACAGGCCGCUCUCACAACUCACUGGCCUGUGAGAACCUCUGGAGAAUAUACACUUUGCAAUCAGACAAAAUGCUAGAGAACAGAGAAUGCCAACAGGCCAUCAAAACUCUAAUAAAAGCAUUUGAUAUGGCAAGAGAAGGAGACAAUAAAAAACUGGAAGGAGAAGCAGCUUACCGUUUGGGACUGGCUCAUAUUUCAUCUGGGAAUCCACAGAUGGCUAUAACAUAUUUAAAUACAUACAUGGAAAUUUCAAAAAUGCUGGAAGAUAAUGUGAGCCUUGGAAAAGCAUACAAAGCAAUGGCAAAAGCCCUAGAAAGCCAAGGAAAAAUUCUUGAAAGUGUGGAGUAUUUGGAAAACUUUAUUAAAAUUGCCAAACUGAACAAUUUAAGUCGAAGCCUAAUAGAAACAUACAGUUGCCUUGGAGAUAUUUUCAACACAAGAGGAAAUUACGAGAAAGCAUGCCAGUAUUUUUCUGAAGCAUAUGAGACUGCACUCAGCCUUAGUGAUUUAGCACUGAUAGAAGAGACACAGGUUCAGUACAGCAUUUCAAAGGCGCACAAGAUGAUGCUGACCGUUAGCAGACUUACAGACACUGCAGACUAUGCCAGCAUUGGGCACCUGCUAGCAUGGAAAAUGAAUAGAAGUGACAUAUUCAGUGACCCUGCAAAACCUGAAUUAACUUCCAUGAAAGAUACUGAAGAUGGAGGCAAAAGCAACGUCAUCAUGGAAAGCUCAGAUGAUCCUGAAAAUGAGACUUCUGCAGAGCUGGUGGCAACCUCAUAAUAUUGUUGACAAUUUUACUUCUGUUGCGUAUCAUAAUUAUAAAAAUGUGCAGUUAA